CCUGUUCAGUUCUCAGUGAGAAGAGACGCAGAGACAGACAGACGCUUCACUCAGAGACAAAAUGGCUUCCAGAUCAGAGGAGGAACUCUGCUGCCCGGUCUGUCAUGACGUCUUUAGAGAUCCUGUUCUUCUGUCAUGUAGCCACAGCUUCUGUAAAGACUGUCUGCAGAGCUGGUGGAGAGAGAAACCAGCACACGAGUGUCCAGUUUGUAAGAGAAGGUCUUCAAAGGAAGAACCACCUUUAAACCGGGUGUUAAAGAACCUGUGUGAGGCCUUCUUACAGGACAGAGGUCAGAGAGCUUCAGAGGCUCUCUGCAGUCUGCACUCUGAGAAACUCAAACUCUUCUGUCUGGACCAUCAGCAGCCAGUGUGUGUCGUCUGCAGAGAUUCAGAAAAACACAGCGACCACAGAUUCAGACCCAUCGAUGAAGCUGCACGACAACACAAGAAGAAACUUCAGGAAACUCUGGAGCCCUUAAAGAAGAAGUUACAGGUUUCUGAACAAGUUAAAGUGAAGUUUGGUCAAACAGCAGAACACCUGAAGGUCCAGGCCCGACACACAGAGAGGCAGAUUAAGGAGCAGUUUAAGAAGCUUCACCAGUUUCUAGAAGAGGAAGAGGAGGCCAGGAUGGCUGCACUGAGGGAGGAAGAGGAGCAGAAGAGUCAGAUGCUGAAGGAGAAGGUGGAGGCUCUGAGCAGAGAGAUAGCAGCUCUUUCAGACACAGUCAGAGCCACAGAGGAGCAGCUGAGAGCUGAAGACGUCUCAUUCCUGCUCAACUACAAGGCUGCAGUGGAAAGAGUCCAGCAGCGCCCCCUGCUGGAGGAUCCACAGCUGCCCUCAGGAGCUCUGAUAGACCAGGCCAAACACCUGGGCAACCUGACCUUCAACAUCUGGAACAAGAUGAAGGACAUGGUUUCCUACACUCCUGUGAUCCUGGACCCAAACACUGCUCAUCCAAGACUCAUCCUGUCUGAAGAUCUGACCAGUGUGAGAGAAGGAGAGAGACAGCAGCUUCCUGACAAUCCAGAGAGGUUUGAUUAUUUCACCUCUGUCCUGGGCUCUGAGGGCUUCAACUCAGGGACUCACAGCUGGGAGGUCGAGGUUGGAGACAGUACAGUCUGGAGACUGGGUGUGUUAGCAGAGUCUGCCCAGAGGAAGGGAGACAUACAGUCUGGAUUCUGGAGAAUAGGGUUAUAUAGCGGUAAAUACUCAGCACGCUCACUACCAGAUCCACCCACUGCUCUCCGAGUGCAGAAGAAGCUCCAGAGGAUCAGAGUGAAUCUGGACUGGAACAGAGGAACGCUGUCGUUCUCUGAUCCUGAUACUAACAGACACAUACACACCGUCACACACACUUUCACUGAGAGGAUGUUUCCAUACAUUAUGACUGGGGAUGAACUGCAGAUAUCAGCAGUGAAGGUCUGUGUGACAGUGGAACAGAGCAGUUAGAGAUAAAGAGGAUGAUUAUAUUUAUGAUGAUGUUUAUUUCUUAAAGGGAAAAGUCUCUGAAUUGAACGUGUGAAGCUGCACCUGUCCUCCUGCUGCCUCAUUAUUCCAAACGUAUGUUGAUCUUUAUUCACUCACGGUUUUACUGUUGUAUUUCUUUUUCUUGUUAUUUAGUUCAACACUUUUAGUUUCAGACCAAUCAGAAACGAGUAUUUAACAAAACCAUGUAAUAAAUUAUUUCAUUAAACAUGUAAAUUCCUCUUAAAUCACAUCAACUUUCUCUCAUUUUAAACAACUUCUGCAUACUUCCAGGUAAUACUUGAUUUUUAACUCUAUAUGUGAUUUGAGCCGUUUUAAAGUCGAACAAGAGUUUUUAAUUGAAACUACAGUUUGUUGGUUCAUGGUUUGUAGUUUAUAGUUCUUGUGGCUCUUUUUAAGGAUGAAAAUUGGAUUUGUAUUUGUUUUAUUUGUAUUUCUUCAGACUUCCACACAGUAAGUCAUAUAUCAACUAUAAGAGAACAAUGUAUAAUGAUAUAUAAAGCUACAUAAUGAGGCUUGAUUUAGAAAAUCCUUCAUUUUAUACAGUACUGACUGACAUUUGUGCUUCAGUAUCAACAUGUUUCUGUUAGCAGGACUGCAACUUUGUAUUACUAGUAAAGGUAUAAAUAGUGUGUAUAUAUUGUUUUUUAGGGUCAUCUUUCAGUAUCAAAAGUGUGUUUCUGCCCCGUUGAUGAUGGUAACGACAUGUUUUGAUGUUUGCUCAGUAAAUUCUGUUAUCAGAGCUCCAACCAGUCAGAAGCUUCUGUAGAAACUAAACUAAAACUGCUCAAAAUAAAACUGUUAAAUCUUGGUUUUCAUCACA